UUACUGGGAUGGGCCGGCCCUGGCAGGCGCUGCGGGCCCUGCGCCUGCGGUUCUUCGGGCCUGAGAAGGAGCUGGUGGGCACCGACCAGUUCGGCAACAAGUACUACCGGGUGCCCAAGCACGAGACCCGCGCAGUCUAGGUGAUCUGGAGGCGCCAUGAAGGGGAACUGCAGUCACUGUGAAAUCUGCUUCUGAUGAGGAGAGGUCAAAGAAGGGGUGGAUUCUGGCAGAUUUCUGCAGGACAAAUUAUACCAGAAAGAAGAUUUGUAGAAACAAUAAAUCGCCAAGCAUAUCAGUAUGAAAUGGGUGACUUUCCAACAGAAUGGGAAGCAUGGAUAAGAAAGAAGAGAAAUGAUCCACCCAGCAUUGAGGAGAUUCUUAAGAAUGAAAAUUACAGAGAAGAAAUGAAACAGAAAAUCAAAGAUGUAUCCGAAAAGGACAAACUGCUUCAGGCCAAGGCGUACAAGGAGGGACUUGUUGCUGAGCCGGCUCACACCCAGGUUAAAGGCCACGCGUCAGCCCCUUACUAUGGAAAGAAGGAGCCUUCACAAGACCCAACCAGCACCGCCAGCACCUUCCAGCCGGGCUCCUGGAUGCCACCAGGCAGCGGUAGUAGCCAGAAUAAGUGAACCAUUGUCAUGUACAGAUACAGCUAAAAUGGGUAAAUAUUUCAGUGGACAUCAACAGCUGUUAGAUGUGAGUGUGCAAUAAAGUAACAUUAAAGCCGCAUCACGUAUUUUUGCAGAGCUGUUCAAGUAGGCUUAAUCACAACAAACUACUGUAAAAUGUUUGGGCUUGGUGAAAAACAGGAUGCGUUAAGUUUGCUUACUACAGUUGCUGUUCCUCAGUUACUUGUGCAAUCAGAGGUAGGCUUUCUAGUUAACUGAAUUUUCUUAAAAUAAUUUUUUCCUUGAGGACUCAUUUGUUUUUAAAAUUGUUUUUGAUGUAAUAAUUUUUAAUUAAGCAGUUCAAUUAAAUUUUCCAAAGCCUAGGAGUCAGUUUAAGAUAGUUCUUCAGAAUGCUUAAUUCCCAGUUACACCACACAGUGCCGGUGUGCAUUCCUCUGUCAUGGGGAUGGAAAAGUUCAUUUAUUAACAGGAAUCACUAUGGCACUACACUGUGACUACACACUCUAUUAAUCUUAAGACACAUUACUGUAACUUAAGAUAACAACAUCUUUGAGUAAUGUUUGACUUGCAGCCAACAGUGAGCGCAGGAUAAAAUCAGGCUGAGUUAAACUAUGUUUAACUACUGAAACAGAGGUUGGAAGCACUUGGUAAAGCUGCUGGAAAAUAACACAGAGUUUGGAACAAGGGACUGUCAUUAGUGUUAAAAUAAUUAGGUUUUAUCUUUGGUGUAUGUGGAGAAUUCCCUAAAUUAUUACAUGUAUUUGACCAUAGUUUAGAUACAUAAAAUGUGCAGAUUAUUUGCUUAGAGAUGAUGUCAAAAUAAAGACUGCAGUUUUCUGAAAAAA